GUGGAGCUGCGCGUGGCUCCGAGUGCGCCUGCGCGGAGCGCCGGGACAGGGCGUGUUCCUCGUUCGGGUGCGCGUCUACCUCAGGCGGGCUGCGGUUUUCCCUCCCCGCAGUCGUGCGCCCUGCGGGACCCCGUCAUUUCUACGCCCAGCCUGAUACGUGCCGCUCUCCGCGGUGAGUAUCAUGUCCAAGUCUCUGAAAAAGUUGGUGGAGGAGAGCCGGGAGAAGAACCAGCCGGAAGUGGACAUGAGUGACCGCGGCAUCUCCAACAUGCUGGAUGUCAACGGCCUGUUCUCCUUAUCCCACAUCACGCAGCUGGUCCUCAGCCACAACAAGCUAACAACCGUGCCACCUAACAUAGCGGAACUGAAGAAUCUGGAAGUGCUCAACUUUUUUAACAACCAGAUUGAGGAGCUGCCCACACAGAUCAGCAGCCUUCAGAAACUCAAGCACCUGAACUUGGGCAUGAACAGACUAAACACUUUGCCUCGAGGAUUUGGCUCCCUCCCAGCCCUUGAGGUCCUUGAUUUGACUUACAACAACUUGAAUGAAAAUUCUCUUCCUGGAAAUUUCUUCUACCUGACCACCCUGCGUGCACUCUAUCUAAGUGACAACGAUUUUGAAAUCCUGCCGCCAGAUAUUGGGAAGCUCACAAAGUUGCAGAUACUCAGCCUUAGGGAUAACGACCUGAUCUCGCUGCCUAAGGAAAUCGGGGAGCUUACUCAGCUUAAGGAGCUCCACAUUCAGGGGAACCGCCUGACCGUUCUGCCCCCAGAACUAGGAAACUUGGAUCUGACUGGUCAGAAGCAGGUAUUCAAAGCAGAGAACAACCCCUGGGUCACCCCGAUCGCUGACCAGUUCCAGCUUGGUGUGUCCCAUGUAUUUGAGUAUAUCCGUUCCGAGACGUACAAGUAUCUCUACGGCAGACACAUGCAGGCAAAUCCAGAACCGCCGAAGAAAAAUAAUGACAAAACGAAAAAGAUCAGCCGGAAGCCUCUGACAGCCAAGAACAAAUGAGGGGUUGGCAUGGGCUGGACUUCCGGUCACUUCGCUCGUUAUUACUUCUGUUCUCUUGCUCUGUCCCACGAUCAGUUAUGGUUGACCCUUGAGCAACUUGGGUUUGAACUGAGCGGGUCCAUUAUAUGCAGAUUUUCUUCAAUAAAUUCUGCAAAUGUAUUUUCCUAAUGAUUCUCUUAAGAUUUUCUUUUCUCUAACUUUGGUAUAAGAAUACAGUAUAUAAUAUGUAUAACAUACAAAAUAGGUGUUAAUAGACUGUUUACGUUAAUAGACAGGAGGCUAUCAGUAGUAAAGUUUUGGGGUGUCAGGUUAUAUGUGGAUUUUCAACUGUGUAAGGGGGCGGCACCCCAACCCUCACAUUGUUCAAGGGUCAACUGUACAGUGUGUAUCUCUGAGUGUGUGUGAGUGCAUGUGUUUCUUUUCAUAUUUUUCUUCCUACUGCUUACCAAUUUUUAUCUUUUAAUUUCUUUUGGUAGGUAGUAGAUUUUUAUAAGUUUUAAAAACCCUUUCUUACCUUAAAAAUUACCAAAGGCAGGAAACAAAGCUCUGAUUCAACUGCUAAUUCCGUAGUAGGCACUGAUUUCAGCUCCUUGAAUAGAUGCUCGUAAAGUCGCUGCUUAUCAAAAGCAUAAUUAAAAUCACGUAAUCGUUUAAAUGUCACAGCACUGUUCACGCUUCUGUUUAUUCAUGUAAUUCAUUCUUUCGCCUUAUUAAAAAUUUUCCUUCGCCACUGAGAUAUUAUGUUAACUUUCUUCACAUACGAUUUUAAUAAAAUCUUGAAUUUGCACAA